CGCGAACCCGUGCACCGCCCGCGUUUGCCCGCUGCGUCCUGGUUAUACUUGAAACUCCUCAAAAACCUUCUUUGCCCCCAGUUCGCCGCGUGGCUGCGCGGGCGUGUCUUGCGGCGACUCAAAUGAGGCGCGCCAGCUCAUUUCAGCUGGGGCCGUCGUUGGCGGGUUCCGCUGCGCCGCGGUGGCCUCCCAGAGCUCGCCACGCAAUGGAGCCACCCCUGACAGCCCCUGGCCGCCCACUGGCCGCUCCGCGGGCCCGGCGCAGCGGUCUGAGGCCCUCGUCGUGUUCGAACGGGACGCACGCCCCACGCUCCCGGAGCGCGGGCGCGCCUGCCACGACCUCGGCGGUCCCACGAGGCGCCACACACGCGACGAUGGCGCCGGCCCCACGACGCCCACACGCCGCCACCUACCAACGCCGCGCGCCACCUCGUUACCGCGACGCCCCCUCGCAGACCCCCCCUCGUCAACCAUGGCCGCCCUCGAGUCCGGCAUCAAGGACGUGACGAACAUGAUGGAAUCGGCCACCCUCCAGAAGCCGAAGCGCGCGGCGUCGCCGCCCCCCCGACCCAAGUCGGCGCACAACUCGCCGGUCCGCAAGGCCCUCUUCGUGCCCAAGGGCGCGUCGGAGAUGAAGAAGCGCGAGCUCGCGGGCUCGUACGAGGACUUCACGCCGGAGCCCUUACUGAUGGAGAACCCGAACCGCUUCGUGCUCUUCCCGAUCGAACACGCUGAUGUCUGGGCUAUGUACAAGAAAGCUGAGGCCAGCUUCUGGACGGCGGAGGAGAUCGACCUCUGCCACGACAUGAAGGAUUGGGAGCAGAAGCUUAAUGACAAGGAGCGCCACUUCAUCUCGACGGUGCUCGCGUUCUUCGCCGCUAGCGAUGGCAUCGUGAACGAAAACUUAGCCCAAAAUUUCGCCACUGAGGUCCAGUGGGCCGAGGCGCGCUGCUUCUACGGCUUCCAGAUCGCUAUCGAGAAUAUUCAUAGUGAGGUCUACUCACUCCUGAUCGAUACCUACAUCCGCGACCAGACCAAGAAGGCCGAGUGCCUCAACGCCAUCGAGACGAUGCCUUGUGUUAAGAAGAAGGCUGAUUGGGCCCUCCGCUGGUGCGACGCCGACCGCUCGUCCUUCGCCGAGCGCAUCGUGGCCUUUGCCGCGGUGGAAGGCAUCUUCUUCUCGGGCUCCUUCUGCGCCGUGUUUUGGUUGAAGAAGCGCGGCCUAAUGCCGGGGCUCUGCUUCUCGAACGAGCUCAUCUCGCGCGACGAAGGCAUGCACUGCGACUUCGCCUGCUUAUUGUAUUCCAAGCUCCGCAACAAGCUCUCCGUCGAGACGCUCUACGAGUUGAUUGGAGACGCCGUGACGAUCGAGAAGGAGUUCGUGACGUCGGCCCUGCCCGUCGAGCUCAUCGGCAUGAACUCCAAGACGAUGUGCACGUACAUCGAGUUCUGCGCCGACCGCCUCCUCCUCGCGCUCGGCGCGCCCAAGCUCUACAACGCCGUCAACCCCUUCGACUGGAUGGAGCUCAUCUCGCUCCAGGGCAAGACGAACUUCUUCGAGAAGCGCGUCGGCGAGUACGCCAAGUCGGGCGUCGGCGUCAAGGAGGAGGACAAGCAGUUCACGACCGAGGACCUCGACUUCUAAGCUGCCCGUCAUCAUGCCGUUCCCCGCGCGACGACCUAGAUCCGCGAGUCGGGGGCACCUCACUAAGCUAUUCGUGUU